GUCUCUCUUCACAGAAAGCAACACAGACCACUUACAAAAUGUUUAAGCUGGUGGUGUUGUCUUGCGUCCUGGCGGCGGCGUCCGCAUCGGGUCUUUUCGCAGGAUACGUGGCGCCCAUAGCGCCUCUGGCCUACGCUGCACCUUUUUUGCAACCUCACAAUUACCGAGGACCUCUGUCUCUUGCUCCUGGUCAACCCGCUAACAUUAUUGCAGCUGAUGGCAGACCUCUUGACACCUUGGACGUAAACUUGGACCGCUCUGCCCACUACACCGCUAAGGUUCUUAACAAUGGAUUCCACGUAUUGAAGAAGCGAUCUGCAGCUAUUGUUGCACCUAUUGCCGCUCCUUUCGUAGCUCCAUUGGCAUACUCCGCGCCUCUUCUCCAACCUUACAACUACCGUGGGCCAUUAUCCCUUGCUCCAGGACAGCCUGCUAACAUCUUAGCUGCUGACGGCAGGCCUCUUGACACUUUGGACGUAAAUUUGGACCGCUCAGCACACUUCACUGCCAAGGCCCUUAGCGGUGGCGUACACCUACUCAAGAAACGCUCUGUUGUCUUGGCUCCAAUAAGCACGGUCGCCGUUGCCAGAGCGCCACUGAUCGCCCACACUUACGGAUAUACAGCACCCCUAGCAGCUGCACAUUUAGGCCACACCAUCGCCUAUCCUGCCGCACCUAUCGCUCACGUGCUGAGAAUUUCAGGUACUGAAACUAGGGAUAGAUUGAAAACAACACAGACCACUUACAAAAUGUUUAAGCUGGUGGUGUUGUCUUGCGUCCUGGCGGCGGCGUCCGCAUCGGGUCUUUUCGCUGGAUACGUGGCGCCCUUAGCGCCUCUGGCCUACUCAUCGCCGUUCUUGCAGCCUUACAACUACCGCGGACCCUACUCUCUUGGUCCUGGUCAACCUGCCAACAUUCUGGCUUCUGAUGGCAGACCCCUAGACACUUUGGAAGUGAACUUGGACCGCUCUGCUCAUUUUACCGCUAAGGCUCUGGACAACGGUUUCCAUAUUUUGAAGAAACGCUCCGCUGCUUUCAUCGCUCCUUACGCCGCUCCUUACGUCGCUCCUUAUGCCGCUCCUUACGCCGCGGCUUACGCCGCCCCUUUGGCUUACUCCGCGCCUCUUCUCCAGCCUUACAACUACCGUGGACCAUUAUCGCUAGCCCCUGGACAGCCCGCUAACAUUUUGGGCUCUGACGGCAGGCCUUUAGACACCUUGGAAGUCAACUUGGAUCGCUCUGCCCAUUUCAAUGCACAGUACAACAAUGGCGUACAUCUAUUGAAGAAGCGCUCCGCCGGUCUGAUCGCCCCAAUCAACACUGUCACCUUUACUAGGACGCCACUGAUCGCUUCCAGCUACGCGUAUGCUUCACCACUCGCCCACCAAUACCUUAAACCUAUCUCGUACGCCGCCAGCCCCAUCACACACAUCUUCUAACAACUGUAACGCUUGCCAACGAUGAUGUAAAUAAA